UAUAAGUUAUUAUUCACGGAAGAUGCCUGUGAGGCGCUCCGUGUGAUGUGAGGCGACUCGUGUGAGGAGUAGAUCCCGUCUAUGUUGCCACGUCAAGAAUGGACACUUGAUUACCGUCUUUGCCACGAUGGUCGUUGCUUUUCAUGCCCAAGUCGUCUGCAAACUGCAAAGCUUCGACGAAACCCAUCGCCAUUAGGCUUUUCAUGCCCAAGUCGCCUGCAAAUUGCAAACUUCGACGAAACCCAUCGCCAUUAGGGUUCUUCAUUUAGAUUGUUGGACGGAUUGCUUCUCAUUUAUCAACUUGUAACGAAAAGCAUUGGCUUUUCUAAUCCCAUCGAUGUUGGAGUUCCGGACCUUUCUGACUCUGUGAUAGCCUGAAAUUUCACUUCACCAUCGGGCAUUUCUGCGACAUCAAAAAGGAACCCGCAGAAAGUCCCACAAUGUCAGUAGCAAGACUUGACAAGACUGCAAUGAAGAUAUCAGCCGAUUUCAAUGGCAAUCCAGCUUCACAUAAAUGGCCCCAAGGACGGGGAAUCCAAACUCCCAUUAGAGCUACUGGUGCUGGUUCCAGGUUCUUGCAAGUGGGUCAUGACGAACUAAGAUCUCAUCGUCGAGUUCCAACAAAACCUAUGGGUGCAAAGGGUGAAAAUAUUCCUGUUAGAUUUCAAAGUGUUUUUGGAAUUAUGCAUCUCAUCAUUUCACUUGGGAUUAUCCUGGUGAUGGAUAAAUUCCUGAAGCGAGCCUUUGUAGCUGCUGCCAUCAAGUUCCCAAGUGCCCUUUUUGGGAUGUUCUGUAUAUUUUCUAUUCUGAUGAUUCUUGAUUCUGUUGUGCCAUCAACUGCGAUGAGUUUGGUAAACUUCUUUGAGCCAGCAAAUAUGUUCAUUCAGAGGUGGCUCCCACUGUUUUAUGUUCCCUCAUUGGUGGUUUUACCUCUCACUGUAAAGGAUAUCCCUGCAGCUUCAGGAAUUAAGAUCCUUUUCAUCCUAGUUGGGGGUUGGCUGGCUUCGUUGUCUGUUGCAGGUUACACAGCCAUAGCAGUACGGAAAAUUGUAAAGACAGAAACAGUAUCUGCAGAGCCUAUGCCAAAACCUUCUCCAUUCUCACAAAUUGAGCUGUGGGCAUGGACAGGGAUUUUUGUUUCAUCAUUUGUUCUUGCAGUCCUAUAUCCAACUGCACUUGGAACAAAUGCAAAAACAUGUCUUCCUUUCUUACUUGCAGCUACAGUUUUAGGUUACAUGGUUGGUUCCAGGUGGCAAUCUGAUGCAAAGAAAGCUCUUCAUCCAAUUAUUUGCUGUAUACUCUCUGCAGAUCUUUCAGCACUAGCUUAUGGGUAUUUCUCCCAGUCUGGACUGGAUGCUGUGCUAGGAUACUACCUCACAAAGCUAUCUUAUAAUCCUGGAGCUGGUGACAUCCUAAUGGGAUUUUUGGGAUCUGUAAUCAUUUCUUUUGCAUUUUCAAUGUUCAAGCAAAGAAAGCUUGUCAAGAAGCAUGCUUCAGAGAUUUUCUCAUCGGUGGUCAUAUCAACAAUAUUUUCAUUGUAUUCAACUGCUCUCGUAGGGCGCCUUAUUGGGUUGGAACCUGCUCUGACUAUUUCUAUUUUACCCAGAUGUAUAACUGUGGCAUUAGCACUCAGCGUUGUAUCCUUUUUUGAAGGUGCCAAUGCAUCUCUAACAGCUGCUGUGGUUGUACUUACGGGUCUGAUUGGAGCAAACUUUGUACAAGCAAUGCUUAAUAAACUUCGCUUGAAUGAUCCUAUUGUUCGAGGAAUAGCAACUGCCUCUAGGUAGUUCUCAUGGAUUGGGGACAGCAGCCUUAUCAGUAAAGGAGCCUGAGGCUCUCCCAUUCUGCGCCAUCACCUAUGCCCUCACUGGUAUAUUUGGAUCAUUGAUUUGCUCAGUGCCAGCAGUCAGGCAGAGCUUGGUUCUUGUGGUUGGUUGAGACUAUCAGCAAUUCAUCUACAAUUGCAUAUGCCAUAUGGUAGUUGUACCAUCACACACAUCUCUUGGAAUAACAUCUCAGCUUUGCAAAAAGAUUAUGUCAGUUAAAUGGUUUGGAACAUACCACCUCUUGGUAUGAAGAUUCAAGAACAAUAUCCCUUGUAGUACGAUGUCAUAAGUUGAGGUUUUUGAACAUUGUCAUAGCAGUUGGGGCUCUAUUGGACAAUCCUUUAGAGAGAUUAUAGUUUACAAGGGGGAAUGUUAAACGUGAAGCCGUGAGGAUUUUGAUGAUUGUGAUAGUAGGUACUCUGGUUAUUCAAAGAUCAAAUUCAUUUUCCUUUAGUAUGGAUAUGAUCAAUUGGAGGGGGAAAAACUCAUUUGAAGCUUGUAAGAGUUUGAUGGUUAAAAAAAAACAUCUUACAAUAUUUAUCAAAAAAAAAGAAACAUCUUACAAUUAAGUUGCGUCCUAGGCCACAAGCUUUCCCAUUAAAUAGGCCAAUGUCUAAACUUUUAGAGUAUUCCUUCUAUUGUUUUUGUUACUUUUAAAUUGUUAUUAUUACAGUUUUCAGAAAGCAAAGGGAAGUUCAGUUGUUGAUGUA